AUGAAUGGGUAUACUCGAUCAUUUACAGAGCUUCACCCAGAUACGCAAGAAAUACUGUUGCGUCGACUUCACCCAUGGAUUAACAGUUAUAACGACGUCGUCAUUUUCUUACAACGGUGUAACAUGGACAUCAAAUACAUCGGGUCCGGGGUUGCCGCCAAGGCAUUCGCUUUUUAUGUGACAGACUAUAUCACGAAGCCAGGGCUGCCCUUGUAUUUAGCGUUACAAGCUCUGUCGUGGGCUGUCAAGCAGAACGAUGCAAAGUUUAUUCAUCGCCCCGAUGCUCCAGAGCUCGAGAUCAAGCGGAGUCUAUUGACCAAGAUCGUGAACUCUAUGAUGGGAAGACAAGAAUUGUCUCAUCAACAAGUGAUGAGCUACCUUGUCGGGGCCGGUGACUGCUAUAAGAGCCACGACUUCCGUGUGCUGUACUGG